AUGGGAUUGAAAGAGCAAGCCGAUCUGGAGGUAAAUCUGUUUCAGGACAGCCUCAACAACAUUCGCACUGCCACUGCCCGCCUUGAGCUCGCAUCCGCCGCCCUUCACGACCUCUCCCUCCGCCCUCAAGGGAAAAAAAUGCUGGUGCCAUUAACAGCGUCGCUUUAUGUGCCGGGUAUGCUGGACGAGUCGGAGAAAGUCUUGGUCGAUGUGGGCACAGGCUAUUUCAUUGAGAAAAAUAUGACAGAAGGUAAAGAUUAUUGCCAGCGCAAAAUUUCAUUGCUCCAGUCCAAUUAUGAUCAACUUCUUGAGGUGGCUGCUAAGAAAAAAAGUAUAGCUGAUGAGGCUGGGGCAGUUCUACAAGCAAAAUUGAAGCACUCGACUUCCGCACAGUAA